CACCAGGACUAGACAGGAAUCCGUCUGUUUUAAACAUUGUGUAAUUUGUGUGGGAUAUAGAAGACUGGAUGGGGUAGUGUCUGAGUGGGGACAAGUUUCUUUACCUACCUGUACUGUUCGUACCUGUGUGGACUCUAUGACAGGGAUGUCAGUGCUGGGCGAGUCCCACCUGGCCACAUUCACAGACAUGAGGAGUAGUCUUCUAGGUGGGGGUUCAGGACUCUAUCCCCCGGGACUGCCUGGACUGGGUCACAGCUCAUUGCUGCCCCUGCCCUUAUGGCGCCCCUCUACAAACCCCCUCCCCCCUAUGUGGUGUAACCUUGUGAACUGUCCGUGUAAUCUGUCUCGUCCUGGAUACUUCCCCUCGGACGUUGCAGAUUAUGUGGUGCCUCCAUCCUGGGAGGCAUCAACUUGGCCUUCAUGGUACCUCAAACUUGCAGGUGACCCAAUUUACAAAAGAAAUCUCCAUGACACACAAGAUUCCCCAAGUAAAGAAUUGCCAUCAAAAAUGUUAAAACAAGAUCGAAUAAAGGACCGUCAGGAAUUAUCACAGGCACUGAGCUUUAGCAGAGAUCAGGUCAACAAAUACAACAAGAGUCGAUGUAUCUCCACACAGACACAAAUCACUCAUGUGGCAGAACGAGACUUACCCCCAGUGUAUAUGAAUGGGGAGAUGCGUCAUGUGGUGUCAUCCGUCGACAGUUACAGACAUGUAAUGAGAUCGCAACCAGGGGUGCCGGUCCACGAGCGUGGGUCACCCCCUCCCUACCGCGUUCCCACAGAGACAUUGGACGCUCCACUCAACCUUUCUCUGACCAGUUCCUCUUCAUCAGCAUUUACUCCUCAAGUGUCUCGACCUUCUGUUAUUACAUGUGCCUCCACCGUGGACAAAAGUAAUCGCUACGGCAACAGCUCACCAUCUCAUCACUCGCUACCCAGUCCAAGUAGGCGAGAAGUUGUGUCAGUUGGAGGAUGCGACCCUAUUGAAGAACAUUUCCGGCGCUCCCUGGGAAAACAUUAUCCAGACUACAUGGCCCCAAAAAUGUCCCCUGUUACACCACCAAUGGCCGACUCCCCUCCUGCUGUUGCCUCGACAGUCGCCACGGCAGCCAAGUCCGCCAAACCUAACACAUCAGCAGUGUCUAUUACAGGAUCUGUAGAUGACCAUUUUGCCAAGUCCCUAGGCAAUAGCACUUGGUCAGCCAUUAAGGCAAAGAAUGAUCCAAGACAAGAAUUACUCCCUGGUACAGUAGACGACCAUUUUGCAAAAGCUUUGGGUGGCGAGACCUGGCAGAGGAUUAAAGCGGAAAAGGAGAGCAGCCCUGCGCAUUGUCGACCAAAUGGGUCCACCUCACCUUCAUCAUCUCCACCUCAUAGGCGAGGGUCCUCACCCCUAAGACACGAUCUAGUCUCAAUAUGAAGGGAUAUUCAGGGCAUCCCGUCAUCAAAAGGAAGCUGCAAAUGAGCAAUGCAAGCACCAGGUAUCAUCAUGACAAAAUACUGAUAAUAAUCUGAGACUUGCUCAAGGUCAGCAGCAGUGCUAAGUAAGUGCUCAAAUUUAUCGCAGUGGGCACCAACAAACAUGUACCUACUGCCCAAGUAAGUGAUCAUGUGACCAUGUUUGCUUCAAAUGUGUUGUGGUUACUACCAAAGGAAUCACUAAGUACUCUGUGCCAUUUGUUCGGUUUUAUCGUGAACUGCACCAAAGGGAAGAAUUUGAAGACACAACCUCAAGUAGACAUGUCAUCUUAAGAACCUGCCCAUUGCUUGGACCAAAGUUUUAUUUAUUUUACGUCAGCUACUUGCUCAUUUUCAAAAUACAUUUAUAUAAAAGUGAAACAGCGCACUUUUGCAGCAUUGAAUGUACAAAUUGUGUGAAGCGCCAGGCUGAUUUUGCUACCUUAAAGUGUGAUUUGUUGGAUUUUUAUCAAGUCCAUCAUUUUGAAUAACUGAAACUGUGUAAAGAAAACAAUUAUUUGCAGAAGUUAUCCUUCGUCGUUGAUAUAAUUCAAUCUCUGCCUUAAUACCAAUUUUAAAUCAUUAUCACUCGUCAUUGUCAUAACUAGUAGUCAUCCUAUCAUUUCACCCAUUAAAUGUUGCAGUAUUUUAUGAAUGUACAUAGUGUGAUCCUCAGACCUAUUUGUAGUUUAAAGUGUAGUUGAGGGAAGGGAGAUAACUCUGUCAAAUGUGUGACAUUUCAAGUAAUGCUUGUUUAUUAAAGGGAGACAACUGGUGUGAAUCAUAUGAGGGCAUAUCACUUCUUAAAGAUAUCUGAAGAUUUUCUGACAAAUGGUUCAUUUCUUAUAUUUCCAAAUGAAAUUUCAUUCACUUAUCAAAUAAGUUACAUCAAGGCUAGCACAAGAUAGGAUUGAUGUUAUGUAUAUUUGUGCUGUGGAAUGUUGAAAAUGAUACAAGUGUGACUGAUGUAAAUUUAAAGAAACAGUUGAUAAUUCAGUUUUCAAAUUGUGUGCCACCAUUAUAUCAUAUAUAUAGUCAGAAAAAUUCUGACUGUCUUUCAGUGAUUUGCUUCCUUGUCAGGUUAUGCGACACAGAAAAAAAAAAUCGUGGUUAAGUGAGAUGAUCACAAUUUGUAUGUGUGUGCGUCAGAUGAUGGAGAUGGUCCAUAUAUGUGUGCCAUAAAAGGGACUGUCAGGGUAAAAGAAUGUCUUAACUGAUGUGAGGAUUUUUGUGUUCAAAUCUCGCUGCCUUAAAAUUUAUGUUUACUACACCUCUACCUUCAGUGUGAUAUUAUGUCAUCAGAGAAAAUGGCUCAACAGAUUUUAAAUUCCUCAAACAUUUAUCUGUAAACUCUAUAGGGCAUAUUGUUUUGAUAUCUGAAAUAUGAAAUGGUAAGUGCAGAUAAAAGAAUAUAUUUUAUUAAACUAGAAGUUCAGACUGAAAUCUGUAACAAACUGAACUGAUUAUUUAAUGAAACUGUGUCUGAAAAAUCCUGUCAUUUUUAUACCUUCUGAAAUUUAUUAAACAUUAAUUGUAUCAAUAACUAUCAUUUUAACAAACAAAUCCUCUCUAUUUUGGUUGAAAAUCUUGAUUUUUGAGUAGAAAAAUUUUUGUAAAUUUGUAGAUCAAAUAUAUAGACCAAAAUUGACGUUUGAAA